CAGCGCUCGGAGCACGUUCAGUCAUUUUUCCCUCGCAAAUUAUUUUGUACUCAAUUUUGUGCAGUUUUUUAGCAGUUAGACGAUUAAAAAUUAGUGACAACGAUUCGUCAAUUUGUAGUGCAUCAUAAGAAAUCAAAUUUGGGUGUGAUCGCUAUUUCGACAACCGUAGAAAAACGAUUGCCGGUUUUUGAUCAUCAGCCGAAGUGCUCUUCGAGUGAACAGAAAGGCGGGUCGCCAUUUUGAAAUUGACUUCAUUGUGUCCCGGUAAAAUUAAUGUCAGUUCGUUGACAGUACAGAAUCACAUCACCCGUAAGUUAAAAGUGACUGCAGUGAAAAAGAUUUGGACGACGGUUUCGAUUAGAUGUGCGUGAUUAAAUUCGAUUAAGUGGUGACGAAAUAUUUCGUCAGGACAUGUGAAACCUGGUGAGAACGGGCACGAACGAACACGAAAAUUGUACAACUCUGAGUGAAAUGUCGAUUAAGGGCACUCACCAACACUAGCGCGCAGAUUCAUGCUACAGAGACAACCAAUCAGGAAGAAGUAUUUUGAAUUUUGAGUUCGACUGUGGUUUUGUGUUGCGCGACACCAACACUUCGAAGGCGCCGGUCGCUGUGUUCUAGGGACGAUAAACCUUCGUUGAAAUUGUAUUUCCCUCCAUUCCAGGAGUUUAGUCGAGUACGAGAGUGGUUCGCAAGAAGUGUGUAGUGCGCGUGAAAGGCCAAUCGAACCUUUUUGUUGCUGCAGUGUGUCCCUGCUAUUAUUGCUGCUGCCUGUCCCCGGUUUGACAUACAACAGUCGUCGAUUACGAAAAAAGGGGAGGAAAAGAAGGAUAAUCUUUCCAAUGUGAUCUAGUAGUGCGAUCUCUUUCCGUUUUCUUCCCGCCAUCGAAGAACGGCACUCCGUGUGUUGCCACAACAUUUCAGUACCCGUUCUCAGGAAAUCCCCCCGCGCGCUCUCGCUCUGCAGCAGAAGAGGAUAGUGUCACUAGGCAACCACAAACCCCCUGUCCCCACCCUCUUCGGUGCAGCGGUGCUCCUUCCGGGAAACGUGAGCUAAUCUACUGUGUUGUGUGUUAUUUUUUUUUUGCCGGGAUUUGCGAAAGUGCAGAAGAUAAGAGUAAUUUAUUGCGAGCUAAUGUGCGGCAGAGGAAAAAUCGUGCAUCCAUAAAUCAGAAAAUUAUAUUUACACUCGAGGAAGUGUAUGAGCCAUCUUGAUCCUGUCAGUUAGAAUGUUCGAGUUAGAAGAGAUGAGCAACGGGUAUCACGACGUGCUACUUAACAAAUACAACGACACAACCCCCAUCAUGGACCUGUACGUGUCGGACUCGAUGCAGGACAUGCUGGACAUCGACAUCAAAUCCGAGGUGGCCACGGUGGUCGGCGGUGUGAACGAGUUCAGCUCGCUGAUGAACUUCGAUCUGCCGUCGCUGGAGCUGGACAGCAACUCGAACGAUGCGGAAAGUGGUUGGUGCGGUGGUGCCCCGACCAAGUGGUCCAGCACGGACAUCUACGCCGACGUGGGAGCCUGCGUUAAUCCGAACUCGGUGAUGCCGGUCAUUUCGUCGGUGCAAUCGUUGCUCAAAAGUCCCAAGCAGAACGUCAAUCUGAACACGACGGUCCGGGCGAUCAACGAUCCCACGCUGCCCAGUCCGAAGGAACGGAAGAGCCAUUUGACCUUUUCACCGAACAUGAUUAAGGUGCCGGUGGUGGCACCGGAAGCAAAGAAACCGCUGAUCUCCGGUCUGACUCAGAUCCAUCGAAUAAAUGGUGUUGAUACCGUCAAAAAGGAUCUCUCCAAUCACAUGCCGAAGGAUGAAGGUAACAAGAUAGUGGUGAGAAACCAUCAACCUCCGAGUGGUGGUGGAGCGAGUCCAGGUUCCGGCCUUGGGGUAGGAUUGGGCAAGGGCAAUACCAUCAAAUUGGCUGCCGGAAUCGGUGGGCUGACAUUCGCCAACGGAGUUCAAUUUAAAAAUCUCAAAAACGUCCAAAAGAUCUCAGUGGUGAACGGUUUGAAACGUGACUCCAGUCCGGGAAGAACCUUGACUGGUACGACGACCAUCGCCCAAGGUCAAACGCAACUAAUCAGCAUUAACGGAACAACUCAAAAAAUCUUCAACCGAAGCCUCAUAGUUCCGAAUGGAGGAAAACCGGCUAACAUGAUGCAGUUGACCAAUGGAAACGUGGCUGGUGCCGCCGCGACUCAAAAGUCAAAACCCAAACCUCCACCGGAAGGGGCAUUUCCCAAGCCGGCGUAUUCGUAUUCCUGUUUGAUCGCGAUGGCCCUGAAGAACUCCCGGGCGGGUUCGUUGCCGGUUUCGGAGAUCUACAGUUUCAUGUGCGAGCAUUUCCCGUACUUCAAAACCGCUCCGAACGGCUGGAAGAACUCGGUUCGGCACAAUCUCUCGCUGAACAAAUGUUUCGAAAAAAUCGAAAAGCCAGUAACCAACGGUGGCCAACGGAAGGGCUGUCUGUGGGCAAUGAAUCCCGCCAAGAUCACCAAGAUGGACGAAGAAGUGCAGAAGUGGUCUCGCAAGGAUCCGAUGGCCAUCCGGAAGGCGAUGGUUCAUCCGGAGCAUCUGGCGCUGCUGGAAAGGGGCGAAAUGAAGCAUGGAUCCACCGGCGACAGCGACGAGGGUGAAAACGAUGACGCGGACAUCGAAGAUCAGUCCGACAUCGAGGAGGAGGAAGAAGUCGAAGGGGAGGAGGAAGUCGAAAUCGAUCAGGAGGCUGACAGUUUCAUCAUCAACACACCCGAAUCGAUGCCCGAUCCGGAGCAGGAAGAGGUGGACAUCGAUUUUGAUUUGGAGGUCCCGGAAUUCUACGACGACAUCAACGUUGACUCGAAGGAAGGCUUCACCCUGGAGUUCGUCCAGAAAGAUCUGCUGACACUCGAAGACGAAGACGAAUCCGUGUACAUCUCGGCCCAGCAAAACAACAAUCAGCAGCGGCCGCAGCUUUCCUUCCAGCAGCUUGAACCGUCCGCCAAACGGGCCCGGCUUGAUGUCAAUUAUUCCAUCUCACCUGCCACCACCGCAGCCGUCGUUGCCACCAGCACGCACAGCAAUCGAACAGCCGGAUUUGUACCGUCCGCCGCGGCGACAACGGCGACCACCACCACAACGGUGAAUCAGAUCCAUCUGAAUGGGCAGCAGUUUCAGUUCACUACCAGUGGGCAGCACUUCCAGCAAAUCCACCAGCAGCAACACCACAACCGGCGGAAGACUCCGUUGGUCACGCGAAUAGCCUAAGCAACGUGUGCGUUGGUUUCCGCAUUGCCACAUCGCUUUUUUCAGUUACUAAUUAUUAUAUUUUAGAGCAAGUAUUCUUAGAACGUGCGUUACAUGCGUGUGUCCUGUGUCCCUCAUAAUGAGCGACACGCGGUCCCAGAUCGACCGGUAACAGUUUGUAUGAUAGGUGACAUCGGAAAUACAAAAAAAAAAAAGCAAAACAAAAGUUAACCCAAGUCUCAGCGGGUGGAAGUGUCCACGUUUUGUACCACCUCAUCAAAACACUGAAAACAGCAUAAUUAUUAAUCACCCGAGAGAUCUCAUUUCUCGUGUUUUGUAUGUGUGUGCGCGUGGGGCAAAACACCGCCCGGUCGACGUUUUGAGAUUGCGAAGAUUGAUCAGUUAAAAACCGCUGCAAAGAGAGAAUAACAACAACAACAAAAAAACGAUGUGAAAAUCUUUGAAAGUAGCCUAGAUUAUCUUUCAAAAAUGUGAUACACAACUGAUUGUGGUAGUUUUUGUCUUUAUUUUUUAGUUUUUACUUUUCUUUUUUUUAAACAAAAGCUGUUAGUAUCUGCUUCGCGAAAUGGUAAAAUUAACUUAGUAUUGUAUCCCCCCCUCCCCCUUUGAAGGAUGAUGGUUGAUGUGAACGAAUGGUAAACGGCGUGGUGACCUCCGGUGAAGUUUUAGAUCUUGUGGUAGAAAAGCCAAAACAGCACUGCCAAAGCGCCCAGUCAAUUUUCUCCGGUGGAUUGUGAACUUCAUCUUGAGAUCGCCUCGCGACCACAAGUCAGAGAUAUCAGCAAUAUACGGUAGCAAUAUCUAGCCUUUUUCUUUCUAUCCCUUUGUUGUUUUGAAAAAUAUAUUGUUGCAACGUUUCCGUUUCGAUACUAUCGCUCUCGCAAGUAUCCGGAACUUAUAGCGAAAUGAGUUAUGGUAAGAAUUAACCAAAAACAUCAUAGUAUCAAAUUAUCUAUCAGUUUAGUGUUGGUUGAAUGAAUUCAAUCGGUUGGGGUUUUACUUUGAGUUGCAGUCGGUUUUCUGCAGUGUAAAUUCAGUCAAAAAUCUAAGGCAUAUUUCUUCUACCUCAGCAUCCCGGUAUUUACCGACCAUAAGUUGGUAUCUCUUCCGUGGUUGCGUAACACCAUCUUGAACACAAACCAGUUGGCCGAAUAUUUAAUCAAAUCAAGCAGUGCAAUUUUCAUCGCUUUUCGGAUAGCGAAUUCCAUAAGAAAUCGCCGUCCAAACUGCCGUCAAAAUUGACACGAUUGCAUCGGGAAAACAUCGCACACUCAAAGUAAAACUCAACCGCCAAAACACCCCCUCCACUCAAAGUACAAGUUUGUAUUGUUUUAUGAUUUCAACAAUUGAAAUUCAUAUUUACGUUGUACAUAUUUCAUAAUGGUAAGAUUGUAUUUUGUAUAGAAAAAAAACUAAUUUAAGUAUCAUCUUUUGUAAUAAAAGCCGCUGGUAGCAGAGAAAACCUUAGACUAGUUUCAUCGCCAGAUUUGCGUUGUACAUCAUCUUGUCCUUAAUCAAUGUUUGAUUAUUGU